GCACAAGAAGGUGGAAAACUGAGCAGCCUCUUCAUUUUCUAUUCAACCAGAAGAGACUAGACAAGCAGACCCGGGGAGCGAGGAACGGAGGGAUGUGAGAUACUUAACGUGGAUUUGAACUCUAGAAUAUUUCUUUUUCCCAGCAGGACACUGGCCAUGUCUGAGAGUAUUGGAAGGAAGGUCCAGCCCUUCACAAUCGGGACCAAGCUGUCUGUCCCCGCUGUGCCCAAAUGCCAGGAGUUUACGCAGACUUAUCUACAGAACUUUGAUAACUGCACACUACAGCAGAACCUGAACUCGCUCUACUUCAGUCGACAGCAGGUCUGCGCACAUGACCCGUGUCUGGUCUCGCCCACCAGCCAGCAGGUAGCCCCCAUGAAACACAACCAGGAGGACAUGGCCGCCGCAGAGGACCACCUCAACCAGAAUGUUGCCCCAUCGUCUGCGGUUUCAAGAUCCAUCAAGAAGAUUACAAUCUCUGGGAAUAAGGAAAGAUCAGAGAACUCUAUUUUAGUUGGACCGAGGCAGCGAUCUCUUUUGAGAUCUACUUCAGAAAACCACAACAACAACAACAACAACAUCAGCAGCGCAUCAGAUCCUUGCAUACCGAGGAUUGUGGGAGUCGACUGUGAGAACAAACCCAGCUCUCGCUUCAAGGUUUUUGUGAAAACUGACUGUUGCGAGGAUUAUUCAGCUUUGCUGGGACAGACCAGACCCAAACCCGAUGGAGAGAAGUCUGUCCAACAGUGCUCUGUUACAGCACACCCUUCAGAGGCAGGGCUCGCUGGAAAACAUGAGGUCAGGGAAGAUGUUAACAAAAGAAAAGACAUUCUAAAGUCCACAUGGAGGCUGGAGAAAGACGCACGCAGACGCCAUCUUCACACUCUCAAUGACAAGCCAACAGAUGUUAUGUUGCAGAGCGACCGCCUCACUCAGUGCACAUCUCUCUUCGACAAGGAAGUACUACAGGCUGAGAUAUGGAUGAAAAGUCAAUUCCAAGAACUUAAGGAUGACUCCAAAAUUCAGCGCUGCCCCCUACAGGACUGGGAUGAAGCCUCACAGAUAGUCCAGAGAGACCUCAAAGACUUUGACAACACCCUCAUCCAACUCAACCAGACAGGUGAUCAACUUAUCUGCAAGCUGAAUCCGACCUCUGACCUUGUGAAGAAGCAGCUUAGCCAGCUGAAAGACCAAUGGAACAUUCUGAAACAGACGGCUACCAACCAAUCCAGGGUGCUGGGAGGGGCCAAAAACUUGCAGGAGUUCAAUAAAAAAGUGGACAAGCUAGAGGCCUGGAUUAAAAAGAAGGAAGAGGAGCAGUAUCUUGUAAAUGUCCUGGGGGCGAAUGUUGACAAAAUGCAGCUAACCAGAAGAAUUUUAUUUUUGAAACAGGAUGAGCAAUUAUACAGAACCCUCCACGAAGAGAUCAAUAACUUGGCCUUAAAACUGGAGAAACAAGGGAAGACAGAUAGCAAAAGCAUCUCCAGCAGGAGGAAAAACAUCAAUAAAAUGUGGAUGAAAGUCCAGUCUCAUCUUAAAAAACACCAAGACCAUCUUCAUCUUGCACUGGAGGUGUCCUCCUUCUACCAGCAGGCUGACAACACAUUGUUUGCUAUCAAUAACAUGAUGAAAAGCAUAACCGCAUCCAAAGAGCCGGACCUCUUUGGAGACAGGGAAAUCCGUGACAUUGCCAGUCAAAUCAUGAUGUUAGAUGUGAGUGUAUCACAGCUGUCUAAUCUCCAUCCUGCCUUGGCCGCUGGUGUAACACAGAAGCAGAUUGAGCUCAAGGACUGCUGGGCAUCUCUUCAGAAGGUUUUCAGAAGCGAGCGGACCACCCUCUCUCCCACGGGUUCGACAUUCACCAGGGAAGAUGCUGACCUAUUGACACCAGCCCAAAAACUCCUUUCCAACAUGGGAACUGAGAGUGGAAGGAUCAUGGGAAAGGAGGGAACAGAAUGGCCGAGUCAUCCUAAUGGUUAUACGAGUACAUCCGAAGGUCACGCCAGCGCUAGGCAAAGCCAGCCACAACAAUCUGUGAACCACACCCCUUCGCCCAUGGCAGAUGGCCCUGCCUUUGCAGAUGAUGUCAUCGUCAGUCAUCAGUCAAGGAGGGAAAGCAGCAAGCGUAGAGUUGAGCCCAGGCAUGCCACCGCCUCGCCAGGCCACCCACAGCUUCACAUCCAGCUCCAGAAGUUCACUGUGUCCGCUGACAAGACUCUGUCCUGGCUGAAAGAUAAUGUUUCAAUGGCUACACAAGUGUGUUCAAUAGCCACGUUCGAGGGCAUGGAGGCAGCCAGAAGGUGCCAAUAUGCAGUGCAACAAGAAAUCAUCACCAACAAAGCCAGGAUAGAGGUGGUCAAACGAGAGGGCCAUGGGCUGGUCCGUGCACAGCACCCAGGCAGCGCCAAGAUAGAACAGUUCCUAAGCCAGCUGGAGGUGCUGUGGGAAGAGCUGCAGAGGAGGCACCAGAAGAAUGCUGGCUUCCUGCAGGCCUCUGAAGAUCUGGGCAUUAGGGUUGCUAAAGUUCUCCAAGCUCUGGAGAGCCUGGAGGCCUGGUUGGAGGAGGAGUCCUCACGAGCCAAUGACCCUGAAACCAUGACCAUCGCAGAGCGGGAGAACUGUCUGCUGGAGAAAGAAGUAGCCAUACGCAGCCUGGAGCUCAAUGCUCUCCGAAAGGAAGUGGAGCGGCUCCACGGCCACGGUCACCCCAACACUCAAGGCUUACCAGCACGUAUGGAAGAAGUGGAGAGAAAAUACCAAACUGUCCUGAGUGCCCUGACUCAACAGAGUUCCAAGCUGCAGGACACACGCAUGCUUAAUGAGUUCUUGGAACGUGUGGAGUUGGAGGAGAGUCAGGAGUUCGAUACUAGUCAAUAUUGCUUGGUUCAGCCUCUCCACAGUAAGAGCUCAUCACCUUCUGACUUGCUGGGACUCCAAAGCAGUGGUGGGGGUGACCUCAUGGACGGCAUGGGUGACCCUGUGAAAGAACUACGAGAAGCUGUGGAGAUGCUCAAUGACACUGUGAGGGAGAGAGGACGGUCACAGAACCAUGACCAGGAUUUACAGGAACUACUGAGCAGGCAAACCAGACUGGCUGGAUGCAUAGAGGAAUGUCUCUGCUGCUGCAAGGAUCUCACUUUGGACAUCCUUGAGAAGGAGACAGACAUGGCCGUCCAGUGUGAGCUUGAUCAUUGUGGCCUUGAGGCUCUGCAGGAGAGGCACGACCACCUGGAGGUUGACUAUGAAGUUCUCAGCGACAAAGUGAAGGAGAUGGAGAAACAGGCUUCUUGUUUGAAAGAACAAGAGAGAGCACAUGUACCGUGGGUGAAGAUUCAGGAAACACUGCAGGCCUGGACAGAGUUGGGAAAGAGCGUGACGGAGAUCAAAUCACGUCUGCAAGAGUUUUGUCAUCUCCAAGACUUCUUCAGGAGCUACCUCACCAUGAUCUCAUGGACAGAAGACACCAGGUCGUGCAUUUUCUCAGACACUUCCUUGCAUCUGAUGGAAGAUGGACCGAGUGUGCUGGCCACUGAGCUCGAUAUCCAAAUCCAAGAAAAAUUUGAGGAGUUUGAUGAGCUGACAGCAACCGGGAGAAACAUUUUAGACAAAGAACACCACCUGUCUCAGAUGGUAGGAGAGCGCAUGGAGGAAUUGCAGAGUAUGCUUGGGUGGAUUUCGUUGCACUGGAGAGCCAAAAAACAAGAGUGGCUCCACAAGAAGAGUACACAGGAGCACUCAAUUGAUAACGUUUAUUCUGAGGCCACGUUGUACUCGCCAUUAUCAGAGGCUAUAUACUCUUACGAGUCCUGUCAGGCUCCAAAUGCCAACUCUGAAGAAAGCAAAUUAAAGACAGAAGCAAACAACCAGAGCUCAGAAGCCUUCCCUGGAUAUAAGCAGCACCCAGAGGAUGCCUAUGAAGUCAUGAAAGGUAUCGGCCAAUGGGAGGGUGAGCUCCUGCAAUCAGAGUCCCCCACGCCUUCCAUCAUGGUCGUAAAAGAGCCCGGUAGUCCCUCUUUGGGGGGCGAGGUCAAUCUCAUCCUAAGUUUUGGUAACACAGGAGAUAGCCAGGUUCAAGUACUCAACUGUCCCGUUCGACACGAUGAGGUUGUGGAUGUAACUUCGGAACCACUCCAUAGGCCCACUGUGCCUGCCUGUAAAAACUUUUGGAAGCGCUGCCAAGGGUUUUUGGAAAAUACUUUGGGUAGUUUAACGCGAAAGAAAAAGAUUUAUCGGCAGAGUGCAAACGAGGUGAGUACCUUCUUGCAAGUUAAGGACAACAACUUGACUAUGGCUCCUGUGUAUGAGAGCAUCACACUGCCUCGCCAAAAGAGCCUCUCAACAUCCUCUCCUACCAUCUCACCACCGUCCUCGUCACCAUCCGCAUCAAUGCCUGUCCCUCAGACCAGUGUAUCAUUUCACCCUUUGAACGGGAAAACUUGCAACAGCUUCAUCUUCAGCAGCCUUAAGAGAAUGGGCAAAAAAAGAAAAAGAAAAAGAGACACUCGGAGGCAUACUAUCCAAAAAGUAAUGGGGGUGGACGAGGAAACAGACGAGCCUCAUUACACCAGUGAGACAAUCCCAUAUGACACUCAUACAUGGCCGCUGAAAGAAGGUCGGAGGAAGAAAUGUGCACCACAGCUUGGGGACGGAGUUGAUGCUGUGGCUGACUUGCAGAAUCCACUGCUGAGUAAAACUGACACAGACUGCCCUGGAGAGUACACCAUUACCCCAUAUGCUGUUUCACUGGGACCGGCCACCCCCAGUCAAGGGAGGGGCCACUGCAGAUUCCUCUCUUUGGGUUCCGUGUUGAGUUUUGAUCUUCCCAAGGACAUGACCCUUAUACCCAGUAUUCCGGAUAUAAUAACUAUUGCUCCUCCAGAGUCUAAGAAGGGAGCUGGGAUUGAUCCAGAUGCCAACUUCCACCGACACAUAGCCUUGAGUUCUUUUAAACAAGCUCGACCUUCCACGGCCAAUGCAGGGUCGGUCAGUUCAGCUGAAAUCCACUCUGAGAGGCAAACAUCUACAGUUUUGAAGAAAGACUUCCCUGACAAUGGCCGCACUUUCAACACAACUCCUCCUGCCCCAGAAGAAGAUGAGGAUCAGAUGGUCCCAGGUAGUGACUUAUCCGCAAAAAAGUUCAGCCAACAGGAGAAUACGGAGCAGGACUGGGAAACCAUGUCAUCGGCGAGUAAAACUAGACAUGAUGACACCUGUCAGUCUUCCCAGCUCCCAAUUUAUGUGAACCAACCCCACCCUUCCAUGACUGCUGCCCAUAAGCACCAGUGCCCGAGUGUCCAUACGCUUAUUCGGGAUCUCAGUGGACACAAGUACCACAAAAGUGCACACAAUGAGAACCCGGGACAGUGUCCACAUCAAGCUUCUCAUGUGGUUGUCAGCCUGAAGUCAGCUGUGAAUGUUCGUCAAGACUCCAUGGAUUCUGGCAUCUCCAGCUCCAGCAGCAUUAAACUUUGUCCUGAUGCACCUUAUUCCGAUAACCCCCAAAUUACUGGUGUAGUCGGGAAACUCAUGUCGCUCCAAGUGCGACGUAUUGACUGCACUAAGAUGACAGAGUGCAUGGGCCCGUCAAAAGCCAGUGAAGAUCUCCAAGAACCUGUCCACCUGGACCACCAACAGUUUGAAGAGGAAGAAGAAGAGCUGGAGGACAUCUGGAACCAAACUAACAAUUUCAGGCAAAGUAUCUGUUCAGAUAUCAUUUACCAGCCUAAUCAGGAUGAAUCCGUAUCUUUGGAUCAGCCGACUGAGUCCACUCCCAGCUUGUCUCCCAGCAAAGCUCCAGUUAUGCUCUAUCGAAACCUGGCCACGGCCUCAGAACCCAAUCUCUUCGUGGCUGAGUUCAGUCUGCCGUCCGACAUCCAGAGCUUCCUGGGUCAUGACAAGGAGCCCAGUCCCCCAGGCCCAUCACGGACCAUAAAAGACCGAAGGUCCUGGGCAGCCUUUCCAAAUAGGGAACAAGUUGGCAAGACCUCCGUUUUUUGGAACGAAACAGCUGCUGAUCCAGUGAAGCUUCCAGAUGUUGUUGACAAUCAGAAAUACAUUUACCAGUACAGAGAAGAGGAGGAAGAGGAGCCAAAGGGUUUGGAGGAGAUGGACGAGAACACGGACACUUCAAAGAACCAGGCAGCUCAAAACAUUGAGGUCAUGGAUCUGCAGGACAGAUCAACAGCCACAGGAGGUCGCUGUUGCACCACGGGUAAAACUCCUGAGCUGCAAAGUAUGGAGGGAACUCUUGAGAGGAAGCAAAAGCUGCAACUUGGAGGAAAGAAAGAAAGAAAGGUUCCAUUCAUUGUCCAAGUCAGCAAGUGUAAAAAUCCCCAGUCAGCAGGACGUGCUCUUAUCUUAUUUCCACAGGCAGCCUCCAGAGGCUGGAACUCGUAUCAUACGGUCUUAUAUGGGCACACCUUGUGCUUCUAUCAGGAUAGAAAGGAUACACUAAGGAGUUCUGCAUGUGGUCUGCCUCUGAACCUCAUUGGGGCCGAAUGUUCACCCGCCCCAGAGUACACCAAAAAACCAAACUGCUUCCGUUUAAGGCUCCGUGACGGCUCGGAAUAUUUGUUCAAUGCUUCGUCACGCUUCAUGAUGAAGAAAUGGAUGAUGGGAAUACAAGCAAACACGGGUCCACGACAGUCUGCAUCUUCAUCAUCAAGCAACCCAGUAGAUGAAGACACGGCCGUUGCCUUAAGCCCUCCGCUUUGCUCAGGCUGCUAUGGUCUGGCCAAAUGCUACUGCUCCACCCAGCACGAUGUCCCCUCCACGUUCCCCAGACAGAAGAACCCUACUACCAAAGAGAUGGUUUGCCACAUGCCACAGAGUCACCUGAGACAUUUGAAGGAGCAUUGGAACAUCUCAUCUACACAUGGACACUCAUGCAAUAAUAAUGAUGAUGAUGAUAAUGGCAGCUGUAAGCAUGAGAGCGAAAGCAGAGACAACACCUCUUCCAUGCCUUUGGUUAAAGAUAGGCCGAGCAGCAAGCAUCGCUCCCACUCCUUCACUUCUGCAACGUAUCAGAAGAUCAAGCCUACCCAGCAGAUGUCUGGAGGCCUGGAAAGAGGGUCCAACUACUGUGUGACACUGGUGCUGGGAGACAAGCCGUCAGAAAGCGGAACCUCUGGAGCUCCCGGAUGGCAGCAGGACGCCUGCCAGAUGAGCUGCACCAGCCUGCCGCGGCCUCGGAACAAGUCGGUUUUUAAAAAGUUCUUUGGCAAAAAGGACGUGUAAGCGUCAAAUGUGCAGUGCACACGUUUUCAUUUCUACUACUGACCAUAUUUAUAUUUAGCGGAGCUACCACAGUUUUAUUUGAUAAUGUGGAUUAACGUGUGUGUGUGUGUUUGUAUAUAGUUUUUUUGUGCACUAUGUAGUGAGUCUAAUUUUCACAUUUGCCUUACAUUUCUCUACAGAUUGUCUUGUAUCAAUGUACGUACAAAACAGCUCUGCAGUGCACGCAGAAAUGACAUUUGCAUGCAAAACCAAGUGAUAACACCAACAAAAUACUAAAACUCAUUACAUUAUUGCUCCACAUAAUUGCUCCCCUUUUUCCAUUUACUUGGUGUGUGCUGCAUCCAAUUAUUUUCUUUGUACACAAAAGUCUGCGGUUUGAUACUGCUUGUUUGCUGAACACGUCUUAAAUUUAAGCGUGGACCAUUCGUAA